AUGGUUCAUUCCCACGACAGUCGCUCGUCUGGUGCGAGUCUGUCGGCAGACAUCGCCCCCAUUCUUGUGAUUGGGGCUGGCCCCCACGCCCUUGCCUUGGUCCUCACUCUCCUCGAAGAACACGCAUCGUCCGAGUUCACUGAACGCGACACAAUCCACAUGGGAUUCUGGACGAAAAAACUCGGGCGAAAGAACACGUCGAGCGGGAAACACGAGAAACCUCAUGCGGUGACUGCGUCGGCGAGCCUCCGUCGUCAAAUUCGAGUGUUGGAUCCGUCGGGGGCGUGGUGCUCGACGUGGAAUCACAACUUUGCAACGUUUGGUAUUUCGCAUCUCCGCAGCCCCGUCAGCGUCCACCUCGACCCCCUUCGACCAGAGGGUCUCCGCGACUUCGCGACGUCGACAAACCAGCUUGCAUCCCAAGUGACCGAGCCGCCUCCGUCCAUCCGAUUCAACCGGCGCAAUCGAGCGUUCACCACCAACACGUCGCUGUUCAGCGAAAACGACCGUCCGUUUUUCGGGUGUCCAUCACGCGAACUCUUUGCCGACUUUCAUGCCUACCUCAUCAAAUUGUAUGGGAUACACUCGAUGGUGGAAAAAGCGAAGGCAGUGUCGAUCGAGCCACUCCACUUUGCCUGCCACGACUCGCCGCACUUCAAAGUCACAUGCGCGGAUGGGAAUGUCAUCGUCGCCAAGCACGUCGUCGUUGCAAUUGGGACCCAAAACAUUCCCCGCAUCCCACCGUGGGCGACCUCACUACGGCAACACCUAGACAUUCAAGGGGGUAUGGUCGUCCACAGCAGCGAUGCAGUGCUUCAUACUCUGGCAUUUUCCAACUGCCUUCGCAAGAAGCAUGUCCUAGUCGUUGGCGGUGGGCUCACGUCCGUUCAUUUAGUUCGCCAAGUCCUCACAACGUGGGGGGCUGACCACGCCACGCUUGUCACGCGCAAGCCAACGCUGAUUGUCCAGCCUUACGACGUUCCCGUCGAGUGGAUGUCGCCCCUCAUGCGGGCCAAGAUGCUCGCAGACUUUUUCGACGAGCCGACACCACAAAUGAAAUUGACGCGCAUUCGAGAAGCCCGGCGAGGCGGGUCCGUCACGAGGUCUGCGCUGGCUCAGCUGAACGCCGUGACGACCCCCGAGAGCUACACUCAUCGAGGCAACACCCAAGUGACUAACGUCGAGCGCUUCGUUGCCGAUGGGGGAGGCCAUCGACUGCGCGUCACUCUAACCAACGGCGAGGCGUCGGCAGAGCGCGUGGUCGACCACAUCAUUUUGGCGACUGGUUCCGACAUCGACGUGAGUAAAGAGGUCCUGUUCGAUGGAGUUCGAGACCUUGGAGGUAUUCCGGUCGGCGGUCUGCCUCCCAUCGACAACGAAUUGCGAUGGGCGCCCAACACGAACUUGUUUGUGAUGGGGGGGUAUGCCGCAUUGCAGCUCGGGCCGACUGCUGGCAACCUCAUGGGGGCGCGGGCGGGAGCAAACAAACUGGCCGAGUUGCUCCUGGAAGGGGUGGCGACCAAGGCUUCACAGACGCGUCAUCACCACUUGCGUGCUCUCUGUGGCAAAGAAAACCUGUACGACUUUCUGUCCUAA